UUCUGUUUGUUUAGAGGCACACAGAUUGCAGCUUCUAGUGUUCCCUGCGGUGGAGAAGAGCACUAACUUGAAUCCUAUCCUCUUCAAAGAACAUCAUUGAUAGAGACAACACUUGCCUGCCAGAGGCUAUGGUGUGUUCAAAGUGAUAACGGCCCAGUUAGGCAAAGAUGCUGCCUUUUCUGUAAGGAAAGAAAUCGAAGCUGCUGCCAAACUUGGCCAAACUCAUGCAAUGGAUGGAACAGACUGAGACUUUCUCAACUGGGGCUCCUCCCAGAGGUGGCAAGGACUCCACUGGUGUCAUUAAGGGAUCCCAUCCCAUGGCCGAUUACUCUGGGGAGUUCGGAUUUCUGCCUUGUGAGUCCUGUGACAUGGUUUUCCGCUCCUGGGCUUUGUUGGCCACCCACACCCAGCGAUUCUGCAUUGGUCGGCUGACUCCGGAGGUGAUAGAUGGAACACAGCCUUCAGAAGCCAUGGAAGAACGGGGCACCACGAUAGUGGCACAAGAGCAACAGAGCCAUCCAGAGCAGGAGGAGGCCAGUAAAUCUGCUCUAAAGAGGUUGACAGAGGAGGUGCAGUUGCUGAGACUGUCCCUAAAGGAAAUGCGCCCCUGGGCGACUGAGGGUGCCACCUCGCGGACUGCAGGAAGCCCUGGCGAGAGGCUGCGUGCAUUGCAGGGAACCCGCGCCAGGCGCGUAGCGGAGACAGAAGCGCAAAGCCAGGCCCUGGAGCGCCGCGGAGAGGAGCUAAAACGGCGCCUCCUUGGCGUAGCGGGACCCAUGGGAGGACUAUCCGCGCCAUUCGGCCUGGAGCGCGAGCUCCGAGAACUCAAGGCAGAGGCCGGCCGGACACGGGACGCUCUGCAAAGGCUGGGGGCGCGCGUAUUAGCGCUCCAGGCGCAGCCCAGCAUCCAGAGAGACUCUUUUAUGGAGGCAGAGAGAUGUUGUCAAGUGCACGUCAAGCCGGGAACACUGCCAGCAGAGAUCCGGGCCCUACGUGAGGCCUACGUGCGCGGUGGUGGCCGGGACCCCGGAGUUUUGGACAAAAUAUGGCAGCUGCAAGUGGAGGCGUCAGCCCUGGAGUUGAGGCGGUGUCAGAAUCGCAAGGAAAAAGUAAGUGCCGCCUCUGAGGAGCUUCUAGUGGUGGAAGCAGAAAACCGGCUCCUGGAGGUAGAAAUACAAGCCUUGCAGAAGGGCCUGAGUCUGGCACCCUGGGGACCCACGGAGCCUCAGCUCCUAGCUGAUCUCUGGCCACACCUGAGUAGAAGGGGCGAUAACUCUUUCCUCCUUCCACCAGUUGCACCCCCAAUGCCAAGUUCAACAAAUGUCCAGAAUUUCCAUGGCACUUCAACAUCUCAGAUACUUAAUGGAACCAUGACAAGGAACUUAGGUCUGGAUCGCCACUUCUUCCUACCAGCAUCCGAUGUUCUAGGUCCUGCACCGUAUGAUCCUAGGGCUGGCCUUGUCAUUUUCUAUGACUUCCUACGGGGCCUUGAGGCUUCUUGGGUUUGGGUGCAGCUAAUGACAAGAUUGACCCAGGAUGGACAGAAUACAGGAGGGACCACAGCAUUGCCUCCAGCCCUUUGCUUACCAUCAGCUCCUGGACCUAUGGGCAACUGUGCCAUCCUUGGAAGCAGGCAGCCUGUACCCAGAUUGCCUCCAUCAUCACUGGUAUCUUUGAUCUGUGAACUACAUGCCUGGCAGGGAGUUACAUGGGCACCACAACCAAAGGCUUGGGCCUCACUAUUGCUAUUUGACCAAGAUAAGCAGAUGCUUAGUGGGCGUUGGCGCCUCCCACUUCAGGUCCUUCCUACUAACUCCAACCUCAGUCUUGGCCAGAAUGAGAUUCCCCAGGCAGGUCAAGCUGAGCUCUUUCUGAGACUGGUGAAUGCAAGAGACGCAGAAGUCCAGAAGCUGGCAGAGAUCAAUCCAGCAAGUGCCCAUGAGUACCAAUACCUGUACCCACCACUGGUAUCCAAUCCAUCUUCACCAGAAACCAGUUCCUUCACCCACAAUUCUGGCUUUGUAGACCCCCGACCUUCCACAGAAGAGGCUUUCAUCAGUGUCAAGGAUGAAGAUGAGCAUUUGAGACCCCACCAGUUUUGACCCAAACCCAUCAAGUUUCUGAGACAGAAGGCCUAGUUCUAGACCUGUGGCUUUUUUUUUUUCUUUUGGUUUUUCGAAAAAGGAUUUUUCUAUAUAAUAGUCCUAGCUAUCCUGGAAUUUGCUCUUGUAGACCACAUUGCCCUCAAACUCAAGAAAUCAACCUGCCUCUGCCUCCCGAGUGCUGGGAAUAAAGGCGUGCACCACCACCGCCCAACCUGACCUGCAGUUUUUUAAAUAAAGCCUAGAUAAACUCCAACUAAGCCAACUAGGGUUUUUUUUUCCUGUACAUUUUUCCUUUUGCAAAACAGAUUGAGAAGUUAAGUGAUUUCAGAUAUCCACAGUAACUGCCUGGCAUUCAAAUCUCUGAAAAUAGCUAGGCUAUACUAAAGCUAACUUUAUUGUCAGAUUUCACUACAGUCCCAGCUUCCUCAGUACUUCUAGACAAAAAUCUAUCCACAAUCCAAAGCUUACAACAUACAGGAAACUCCUGAAGAUUUAGAUUACAGCAUAGACCUCAGCCCAGUUGUUCCAGCCAAGUAGAUCAUGUACUGGAAUAGCAUUCUGAACAACUACAAAUCCAAUCAGCAAAGAUCUUGUACUGAUCAUAUCAAGUCAAUUCUAACUGGAAAGAUGAAGAAAAACACCUUAGGACUCAGAAUAUAACAAUACAAAGUUGAAAGUCAGGAUGAGCCCAAGCCUUAGUGACCAGCCCAGAGAAAUAAUUUGUGAGGAAAAACCAAAAAACACAAAAACAAAAAACUGUCAUUUCAGCACAAUGCCAUCUGCACUCAACACUACUUUGACCCCAGGCUCUAUGCUGCUCCAACAGUGGCCUUUGAAAGAGUCAGUGUAGCCGGGUGGUGAUGGCACACGCCUUUAAUCCCAGCAUCGGGAGGGAGAGGCAGGCCUGUUCUACAAGAGCUAAUUCCAGAACAGGCUCUAAAACUAGAGCAAAACCCUGUCUUGAAAAACUAAAACAAAAAAAGAGCCAGUGAGCCAGUGUAAGGCAGCUCAGUAAUGGUCCAUUCCCACUUCCUGCACUCAAUGGGAUGGCUGAUAGCACCUCAACUAAAUACCCAGAACUGACAGAACAGCUUGUCACUCAACCCCAUAUCUCACCAGUGAGGUACUCCAGGUAACCCAGAACCCUUCUUGUAAAAAAGUCAAGUAUAAUUCCAGAACAAAGAUUUUUAAUUAGCAUAUUUAUUUUUUCUAAAGCAAAACUGCAGACAAUAUAACAAUUCCAGUUAUUGACAUACUGCAACCUUACUAUAUACAGAACACUUUCUGCUCCAGAUUCUUCCAGUUAUCCACACCUCAAUCUGAGCCUUUCCAGUCAGAGCUUGUGUCUCUGAUUUAACAUACCAACUGUUUUCCUCAGGAAUCAUUUCCCGUGUUUCCAUCAGUUUUCCGGCAUAGGAUUAUAGUCUUAAUUGGAAACCAGGUGAAAGAAAAUCGGUACAACCCGAGACCUGGCUCAUAUCCAUCAUCCAUUUUCAGCACCAAGUACAUUCCUGCCAGUUCUUGUUUGGCAGACCCCACCCCCCACCCCAAUCCAGGAACAGCACCACUGAAAGUGCAAGACAAUAGAAUUCAGCCAAGUAUUUGGAAGUAGAAACAUAGCACCAGAAGAUGGAAGGCUUCCAGCCACAUUUGAUCACCUAAGCAUUAGAUAGGAAGUGGGUUGUCCAACAGCAAUAUAUACAGUAAAUACAUACACCAAAACAACUUAGUGCCCCAAGGCAUAUAUAUUUAAGAAAAAGUCAUCAAAGCCUUAGCUGUUGCCUACAAUCUUUAUUGAAGUUAUACAAAAAGAAU